GCGGCGGCGGCGGCGGCGGCGGUUGCCUCUGCCGCCUGAGCGGCCUCCUGCUCGGCCGCCAGGGCCGCCAGCUGGGCACGGCUCAUGAAGCGCCCACCGCUCGAGCGUGGCCGCGACACCGCAUGCGUAUGCCGGCUCCGAUGGAGAAAGGGCCCACGCCGACCGGGGGCCCGUGCCCCCGUGCCCAAGGACCCGACGCCGGCGCCGGUCGCGCCAGCAGGCCCCCCAACACCGAACCCAUUCUCCUCGGACCCGCCGGCACCGACUAUCCCCCCGAGCAGUACAUCGGGCGUGGCGCCGGUCGAGGAGGCCACCGCGCUUAGCAGGACCCCAGAGGGAAGCCCGGCCAGUGCCUCGGCCGCUGCCUUGAAGGACUGGGGCGGUUGGCGAACGGUGCACGCGUCGCGCACCCCGCCGGGUUGCUGCAAAAUGGCUUGGGCAAGCUGAAUGCGCAGGUUCAAGCGGGCUCGAGUCUCCCGCCGCCGGAGGAUGCGCUGAUACUGCUUGGCAUUGACGUAGACCACCUCGCUGGGACUUGUGCCGGUGGGAGGGGACCCUACAUCGGCGUUUCCCCCGGCCGGGGGCGCCGCCGGUGCUGGCUCGCCCGAUGGCGGAUCAGAGCCUGGCCCAGGAGCCCGGCGUCCCGGGUGUCCAGAUGCGCCUGGCACUCCGGGCUCCUGGCCAGCAGGAAGCCCGGCAGUGGCAGCGGCACCGGCGUCGGCGCCAAAGUGCAGGAGGAUCGCCGCGUCGCCCGGGGGAAUGCUACUCGGGGGGAGGGGAGGACCGCGGGAGCGACCACUCAUCACCGGGAUCAUAUGUGGGGCGCGGAUGGGAGGGAAAAUGCGCGGCCAGUUGCUCAGAGGGGGCGGCAGGGGACCAGGGUGUGAGGGGGAAGGAGAGUGUGUGCGUGUGGAGGAGAGUGCUCUGCUACUGCGAUGAAG